AUGGCGGCGAAAUCGGGAGGCGGGGAGGCAGAAGCGCAGACGCUCGUACGUCCGCGAUCGAGUAGGAGGAUGAGAUCUUCCCUCCAAGCUUCGAUUGAGUGGAUGCCACGGCCUGUCGGCAUCACUGGGAAGUUUGUGAGAGUCUUUCCAUCAAGAAUCGAUUUUCAAGACGUUGAAGCUGGACAGACGCUCAUUGCAACCUUCUCGAUUCAAAACAUUACGGAGCACGCGCGGAGGAUUCGAUUUGUGAAACCAAAGUUGAAAGAGUUCAUCUUGCAUCAUGAGGUUCUGCCGCCGGUUGCACCAGGGCUCGAUGUCAAGGUCGACGUGGAGUUUUAUACAGCAAGCCUGGAUGGAAAAUUGAAGGAUGAGAUUGUCGUGAUGUGUGAGUCAGACAAGAUCACAAUUCCCCUUUACGCCCAUCCCUGCCAAGCUAAUCUCUUGUUUGAUGGAAACUGCAACUUUGGACAAGUCGCUGUUGGUAAAACUGAAAUUCGGUACAUCGAGAUUGUCAACGAAGGACAGAAACCUGCAGAUUUCGAACUUGUGGAGUACCAAAGCGGAAGGAGCAUCGUGAUUGAACCGCUGAAGGGGAAGCUGGGAGCGAGAGACUCGCCGGACGCUUGCCUUACCUUGAAGGUUGUUCUCACCGCGACUGAACCUGGCAUGUUUCGCAGCAUUCAUAAAGUGAAGGUCAAUGGGGAGGAAAUUUCUUCAGUAAUCGAUGUGUUGGCCAACGUUCGGCGGAGCGCGUUCGAGCUGGCGUCAACGAACGGGAAGGUGACGAUGGACAAUGGAAGGAUAUUGACUCGAGAUGAGCAUGAGGAUGAAGGAGCCAAUAGCAGCCGUGUGUUGGACCGCACAGAGCAACCUUUCCGGGAAGAGCAAGCAAUGUGCGAGCACGUCUUUCUCUCGGAGAGAUUCGUUUUGCAUUAUGUGAUUGCUAUCUCCCUCAUGUUCUCUAACGACUUGCUGACGCCACAAGGUGAUUGCGAGAGCUCAUCGCACACAGACGUUGCGGUCACUCUCACCAACCAGCAUGAAAACUUGGCGUUGAACUACAUCGCACAAAGGGUCGCGCAGUUCAGGGUGAUCCCGGCUUCCGGACGACUUCUUCCGCUGCAGUCGCUCGAACUCGUCAUCUCUUUCAAGCCCAACAUGCUGGGCAAACACUCUGCUGUCAUUAACUUUUUUGUGAAUGGAGGCGUCUUCGUGAUUCCCUUGCCUGUCUUUGGGAACUGCAAUCGAAUCGGGUCGAAGAGAGAGAUGGUGGGAGGGCCCGAGGCAGCUCUCGAAGCUUUCAAGCCUGUUGCUCUCGCUACUAGCCUGAUGCUCGAGCAGCCCAAGUUUCGCUUCAAGGAGAAGGAGGAAGACGUCGUGACUGUGGCCGACAAGAAGUGGAAAACUCUUCGAGGCCCUCUUCCUGAUAUACCAGUGUGGAUGAAGCAUCCGCCUCCUGUUCCUGAUGGAAAUAAUCGUGAGAUGUGCACGUCAGAGGAACUCAGGAAGAAGGCGGAGCAUCGUCUCAUGUACGCGGACUAUCUCAAGCAGCAGUACACCAUACACUUCCAGCAGCAGAUCGACGAGAACAAGCUGCUUGGUACAAAGUUCAGCAGCUCCCCGUCCAGUGAGCAAGAAGCGGCAUACUGCCAAGUCGCGCUGAAUGCGAAGCAAAUGAAACUAAUUACUGUCUAUCCGGAGAUUAUUCAGUUUGGAGAUAUCAGUUUGAAUCUUGAGGUCGCCAAAUCGUUUGCGGUCAGCAACGACAACAAUCAAUCGAUUGCCGUGUCGCUUCAUCACAAAGGGAAUGACAAGGGCUGGUCUAUUACAAUCUUUCCGGAGAAACAGAUCAUCAAGUCAGGAUGUACUGCGGGGUUUGACGUUCGGCUCAUGUCAGAAUCUCUUUCAGAGAUCUCUACAACUUUGGAGUAUGUGAUCAACGACCAGCACACCUUCACCUGCGAAGUCAAAGCAAGACCAGUGCCUGUCAACAUCAAGGUCUUCCCAGAAAAUAAACAUUUCAGGAUUGACUCAAAGAGUCUUGAACACUUCAUCUCCGAUGUCAUCCAACUCACUAACUACGGGAGCAACUCGGUCGAGUACAAGUGGCAGAAGGGGACAGGAGCUUUCUACAUCCCUGCACCCGAAGGAAUCAUCGAAGGAGGAGGAUCGCAGGAUAUCACAGUUCAGUUCAUCCCUGGAGAACAAACUCGAUGCGAAGAGAUAUUGAUCGCAAAGCUGGUGGGAGGAGAAGACAUCCAGCUCAAGUGCACCGGGGAGGUCGACCCAGGAAAGGUGAAGGCGAAUGUCAACAUGAUCGACUAUGGAGCGAUUCUUGCGGGCCUUACAAACUCACAAUCAGUCGCGCUGAGCAAUGUGGGCAACUCGACAGCAGCCUUCUACGUUGACAUUAAGUCGGAAACAAUGAAGGCAAGCGUUGUUGUUUUGGUCGUCUUCUCCCUCCGGGCCGAAGGUUCGCAGAAGAUCGACCCGAGCAAGGUUGACUUCGGCGAAGUUUAUGUGGGGUCGGUCGCCCGUCGAGCUCUGCAGAUAAAGAACAAGAGCGCAAACUUGGAAGCUGUCAUGCAGAUGGACCUGCGCAAGUUCCCAGACUUUACCAUGAAUCUUGGCGAAGGAUUGAGAAACGUGGAAGAAUCCGAGAUGACUUCCACGACCAAAACACAAUUCCAAGAACCGAAAGUGUUGGAGUUUGCGAUGCGACCAAACUUCACAUCAGCUUUGGAACUUGUCUUCUCACCGUCCUCAGUCAGCUCAUACGCGUUUGAACUUCCUCUCAGCAUCAAGCUCUCAGUCUCGAGCAUUCAAUUCGGGCAUCGAGUCAAUGUUACUGAGCAGCUAUCGAACAAGAACUUUUGCUACUCGCUCCCUGUUGAGAUCACAAGUUUCUCUUCUGAUGACCUUAAUUGUCGCGUCGUCUUGGUAUCGAAUGACGCUUCUUGCAAAGUCGGAAGACCUGCAGUGGGAGGAAACUUUCAGAUCUUCGAAGCUCAAUCAACAGAAUCUUCUCUGGUGCUCUUUGGGAAUGAUGCUGAUGAUGGCUGUGGCGGUGGUGGUGGUGGUGAUUGUGAUGAAAGCGAUAAUGAUGAGAAUGAAGACGACGACAACGACAACGACAACAACGAGGAUGAUGAUGAUGAUGAUGAUGAUGAUGAUGAUGAUGAUGAUUACAACCUAUCCUUCACUUUGCAUGCAGGCAGUUGUUACACAUGCAAUGUGGGCUUCACUCCCACAGGUUCUGUGAACCGCGAGUACAGAUGUCAAUAUCUUCUCUACAUCGGAUCAAAACUUGACAAACCAUAUCUCAACAUUGAGGUGGUUGGACUUGGAUCGAACCCUGCGAUCUACUUUGACAGACGAGAAGUCAUCUUGCCGACGGUUCCCAUCAACAUGACUUCAUCAGGCAAGCUCACUUUCUACCUCAUCAAUCAUGGAUUCGACAACUUAUGCCUGAAGCACAUGUAUCCCGAUGGUCUCGGCUUUUCUUUCUCAUUUCCGGAAGGCGAGGUGAUCAGCACGGCAAAGCGAAGAAUUCCUGUGCAUGUCACUUUCUCGUCGAAGAAGAGUUGUUCCGUCAAUGCUGAUUUGUCAUUUUUGGAUGGGAACGAGACAGCAUACACUAUCAAAGUGAUUGCUACAAGCGACAACAACUUCUUCUCCGUCUACCCCUGGCUGCAGCUCAACCAUGGAAACGUCAGGACAUCGGGAGGACCUGGAAAGAGUGUGAUGGGGGAGAAGGAGGAUGGGGAAGCCGAACUGAACGAACAGUCUCUAGGUCUCUUCCUCUCUCCAGUCACCUCCUUCGACCAGCUGGUCAGCUCUCGAGGAAAAGCUUUCUUCGACCUCAUCGCCUCCCUCCAGAAGGACAAGAAGUCAGGGACACAAAAAGGAGGCAAGCUGGCUGCAGCGAUGGAUCCUCAGACUCCGCGAGGGGGAAAACCACUGGUAGCCUUCACGCAAGCACGAGGAUGUGGAAUGAUGCAAGUCGAGGGAGGAGCUGAGAAACGUCCUGAACGCCCAGCAGCCUACCUGCUGCCGCAGAAAGAAUUCUUCGAGGCUAUCUUGCCGAUGGAAGAGGCGGACAAGGGCUCGUCGAGCUUGUUCUCUUUCUUCGAGGAAUUCUAUGAAGUCCUUCACAGAGGAAUGUGGUCGAUCUUGCUGCACCAAGUGAUAAGAUUGCUGGCGAUCGGAAGAGUCACGCAAAGAUCUUAUGAUGCGGCGAUGACAUCUUUUCAAACCGAAAGCAGGUCGGUCAACGAGGAUGCUCAGUCACAAGAUUCUGCCUCAAAGUUGCACGUGUUGACAGGGAGCAACACAUUCAGUGUAUCUGAGAACAUCCUUCUGAAGUGGCUGACGUUUCAUCAUGCGCAAAUUUUCCCUGGAGAGAAGCUGUUUGUCAGCAACUUCUCCGACGACCUGGCCGACUGUCGCGUCUUUGCUUCCGUAAUCGUCUCCCACAUCCCCUCGAGGAGGAAUCUCUUCGACAACAUCAAGAAGUGUGUUGACUUAGAAGAAAGAGUCGCAAACGCAAAGAAACUUUUGGCAGUCCUGAGGGAGCUGCAUUUUCCUUUCCUUCCUCUUCCAGAGUCUCUUGCUGAGCCGAGGGCUCGAGCCAACAUCGUCUUUGCUCUCUCGCUCUUCGAGGUUUGUCCUCAGUUCGUUCCCAAGGCCACCAUCGAGUUCGACGGGAAAUUGAACGGUGAGGUGGUUCGAAAGGUCGAUCUUCAUAAUCCGAGCUCCAAAAUAAUCUCCUACAACGUGAUCCUCGAAGGAAGCUCGGAAUUUUCCAUAGAAACAAAGAGAGUGACGAUGAAAGCGCGAGAGAAGAUUUGUUUUGCGAUCAAACACAGAGCAAGGUUCUCAAAACCCUCGACCGCCACGUUGUUCUUCGUCUCGCCUGAUCGAGCGUCCCCAAUGGUGUUUCUGAUGCAAUCUACUGUCAAGUCCUACAAGUCAUCUUCAUCCAUCACCUACGCUGGGCAGCUCUACGAAGUCGCAACCAUAGAGGUUCGAUCGACAUCUCGACGACAAAUAUUCAUCUGCAAGCAGAUUCCGAUCGUGAAUCCGUAUGACGCGGACGUCUGCUCCUUCGCCAUCUCCCUCUCAGUCAGCCUCCUUAUCCAGCCCUCCCGUCUCACUCGCUCCCAGGAGUCCAAGAAUGACGAGGGCCAGGCAGCGCGGAACAGGAAGCGGACCAGCAUCGUGUCGACGGCAGUGACGGGCGGAGUGACGUCGUCCAAACUUCUUCCGGAGAGAAGCUUCUGGAUCAAGAAGGAUAAGGCGAGUUUCUACUCCGCGUUUCUAUAUCAUCUCCCUGCUCAUCUCCGAGCAGAUCAAGUUGGCCCGGGGGCAGCAAACGACCAUGUCUCUCUUCUUCCUGCCCAUCAGACUGAACGAUCACUCUUGCGUCCUCACGGAGAGUUUGCGAUCGACGUGUUUGCUAGCGUGCAGCUCCCCAAAGUCAGCGAGACGCUCAAAUUUUCUCUGCCAGAGAAAAAAGUUGUGCUGCUCGAGCGUGUUCGAUCCACCGUCUUGGAGAUGAUGGGCAAAGACAAUGGGCAGAAAUUCUACAAGGAAAUUUCUGACCUGACAGCUCAACCCUACAAGGUUCAGUACGUCAACCCAUCAAUGAGUGGGCCCAAUGAGGUGCUCAUCGGAAACCCUCCGAAAGACACCACUGCUGCUGGAGCGCCUUCCGUCAACAAGCUGUCGCUGCAGAUUGAGACGCGAGGGCCCGGGACGUACGAAGGGAUGAUCAUCCUCAGGAGCAAACUUGAUGUUCGUGUCCUGUCUGUCCUUUGCAACAUACAGCCCAAGGCGUUGGAGGAAAGUGAAAGGGAGGAGGAGACGAGACUGAGUCUUGCCUGGCAGGCGGAAUUGACCUUCUCAUGCCCAGCAAGGCAGAAAAUUUCUCAGGAGAUUCCCAUCAUCAACAGGAGCACAGACGACUGGGUCAUCACUGCCCAGCUCCUCGGGAACUUCUUCUCAGGAGGAAAUGAGCUGCGAGUGCCAGCAGGAGCGCAGAAGAACUACGUGGUGUCGUUCGCUCCCAAGAAGCCGAUGCGAGCAGAAGGAGAGCUGACCCUGCUCAACGCGACCACCAGCGACAAGUACUCGUACAAGCUCGUGGGUCAGGGGGAGGACCCGGUGGCUGAAGAUCACAUUGUGAUCGAUUGUGUGGCGAGGAAACGAACUUCGACCUCAAUCAUGGUCAAGAACGCGACCGGAAAAGACCUGCCGAUAACCUAUCAGGUCAACACAGACUUGCGCUUCAUUACAGGUGCAAGCACUUGCGAGCUGAGAAAGGGGGCGGUAGAGGUGCAGUACACGCUGGAGGUCCAUGCUGAGAACCCCAAGUUUGAGCGAGAGAUCGAGGUCUCCACCAAAGUGCGAAGCGCUGUAGCCGUGGAGAUCGGAGUGAGCAAUCCGAUGGACCAAGACAUCACCUUCCAAGUGGUCCUGGAGGGAGAUGGUUUGAUUGGAUAUGAAAGCCUCACGAUAAGCGCUGGAGGUUCCCAGAACUAUGAAGCCAUCUUUGCCCCGUUGCUGGCUGGACAGUUCAUGGGAGCUAUCUCCUUUGUCAACGAAGACAUCGGAGAGUUCUGGUAUCAGUUAAGAAUGACAGCAGAAGAAGCCGAUCCCAUCCAAGUUGACACGAUAGAAACCCAGGUGGGGAUCAGCAAGGAGUUCGAGUUGCUCGUGGAGAAUCCGACAUCUUCAACCGUCAAGUUCCUUGUCGAGAUUGACAACCCCAGCUGCUUCUCAGUUGUCGAUGCUUCCAAAGGCUUCGUGGCUCUCCAGCCCUACGAGAAGCGAGAGAUCAAAGCGCUCUACACGCCACAUGCCAUCGACAGGGUCGACUCGUCGUCCAUCACCUUCCACGACAAAGUUGGAGGGUCAUGGAGGUUCCUUUGUAGUGGGAGGGGAACCAAACCUCAAGGGAUUGCGAGCCACCUGCAAAUGUCAGCUCCGCUCAACCAAAGCGCCAGCACCAGCAUCUCCUUCAACAACCCGUUCGAGACCCCCUUGCACCUUGAGGCGAAGAUUCAGUCAGACCAGUACACCACUGGGCUGGCAGCUUUCAGUCUCCUUCAAAACACUUCCACGCUUGAAAUCGAGCCCUACAGGACUGUUGAGAUUCCCUUGCUCUUCAGCCCUACCAGCCUCACUAAGUACUCUUGUUCGCUGAUCUUACAGAGCAUCUCGACAGCACAUCAUCAGGACUUGAGAUGGGAGUAUUCCAUCAAGGGGACGGUAGAAGCGCCAGUGACUGUCAACCUUGGACGCUUCAUGUGCAGGUCAACAACCGAGAAGAUCCCCAUACAACUCGCUGGUGCUGACAAGCAGACUCUCUCUGACUCAGGGGCGGCUGGCAGCGGUUUGGGGCUUGAGCUGAUUUUCCCUCCGGAGAAUGAGAAACUUCUAUCGCGUUGUCUCGUCACCGAGUUGGUUCAAGGUCUUCAGGGAUCCGUUCACUUGGACAUGAAGUUCGCUCCUCUCCGCCCUAUCCGAGCGAAUGUACAGGUUCUCGUCUCCCAUCCUAGUGGUGGCCGAUGGCGAUUUCGACUUGAGCUGGUGGCCGACCAGGCGCAAGCUGAUGACGUCAUCGAAAUCACCAGCACGAUGAACAAGAAGUCGUCUGUCUCCUUCCACCUGACCAACCAUGCGGAUGAAGAGACAGCUUUCACCGCCAUGCUCCUUCCCGAGACCCAGACCUCGUUUGCUGUGAGGCCAACCUCAGGCGUUCUCAAGCGCUAUGGAUCCGAGGGGACCAAGUUUCAGAUCGACUUCAAACCCACGGAGUACGGCAAGAAGUACACAGCCAAGCUCAUCAUUGAGACCGAAGACAUGCAGUGGAUCUAUGAACUGGUCGGAACUUUCCCCAUGUACAAACCACCAGAGCAAGCUGGAAGCAAAGUUGACUCACGGUUAGCUGCAGAGCUUGAGGAGAGCAUGUUGCAAAGAAAGCAGAGGAACUUUCACAAGGAGAAUAUCCAGUCUCUGCGGAGCAUGCCAAGUCAAACCCCGCAAUGA